AAGCCUCCGCCUAGCCGCUCGCCCUGUAGCGCGGAAGAAGAGGCUUACAAGGCACAGUGUGCCAUUAGUGGAACAUUAGCAUCUACCAAAGACGGUUCCCCACAGUUCACAAGGUGCCUAAAUUCUGUCUUGGCAGAGCCAGUCACCCAACCACCACCACCAUGGCGGACGGACGUAUUUAUGUGGGGAAUCUACCAAUGGACAUCCAGGAGCGGGACAUUGAGGAUCUCUUCUUCAAAUACGGAAAAGUCCGGGAUAUUGAAUUGAAAAACAACAGAGGAACUAUCCCCUUUGCCUUUGUCCGCUUUGAAGAUCCACGGGACGCCGACGACGCCGUCUAUGGAAGGAAUGGAUAUAGUUAUGGGGACACCAAGCUUCGCGUAGAGUACCCGCGCUCGGCAGGUUCUAAAUUUGGAGGUCCUAUGGGAGGAGGAGAAGGUGGAGACGGUGGUGGACGAGGAGACGGGGGAGGCCGAGGAGGAGAUGGUGGUGGACGUGGAGGACGAGGAGGAGGAGGAGGAGGAGGAGGAGAAGGGGGCCCUAGGGGAAGAUUUGGCCCCCCGACUCGAAGAUCUGAGUUCCGCGUGAUAGUGAAUGGGCUUCCCCCCACCGGGAGCUGGCAGGACCUGAAGGACCACAUGCGGGAGGCGGGCGACGUGUGCUUCGCCGACGUGCAGCGUGACGGCGAGGGCGUGGUGGAGUUCCUCCGCCGCGAGGACAUGGAGUACGCCCUGCGCCGCCUGGACCGGACCGAGUUCCGCUCGCAUCAGGGGGAGACGGCGUACAUCCGGGUGUACGAGGAGCGGGGCGCCACGAGCUACUGCCGCUCCCGCUCCCGCUCACGCUCCCGCUCCCGGGGCCGCUACUCGCCCCCCCCGUACCAGAGCAGCUCACCGCCACAGCGCUACCAGUCGCCGCCCCCGCGCCACGCCAUGUCCCGCCAUAGUCCCCCCUCAAGGAGACCACAGCACCAUAGCCCCCCGCCCCGCCACUACCGAUAGAGCGGCCGCCAUUCGUACUCCCAAAAACCGGCAAAUGUUUUAUAAUUCAACUUUUGUUGUUGUUUUUUUUUUACUCCGGGCCCCCCCCAUCUGAGAUUGUGUCCCUUGUCCCCUUCUUGUUUUGUCAUUUACAUUCCAUCACAAACCCCCACUCUUUUGCCCCCCUUCUCCUCCACGUAAUGUCGGAACAGCGCCCCUAGAGGGCCUUUCAAGUAGCAUUGACUUUUGAUGAAACAGCUGUGGACAUGAAUCACAAUUUCUUUUAUAAAGAAAUCAUGGGAAGGAAACGAGAGUCGAUAUGGAAAUAAAAUGGAAUUCAACAAUGAAGGAAAGUCGACAGCUGUUUAACGAACUUCAAUUCUGCUUUUUGAAAUGACAUGUGGAUAAAAUCUUUAGUUUUCUCUUGACAUUUGUGUAGCCUUUGGUGAUCCAACAUGCAGAGAAGCCUUUUUUUUAACUUGGUCUUUUGACGGUAACUGCAAGCCCAUGGAUUGUUGCUCCCAUUGAUGCAAAUUACUUUUAAUGGUGACACAUGAGCAUCUCUUGUCUUUUCUUGUUGGCGGACCUAUGGGGAUUCGGCCUGUGGUGGACUGAACAUGAUUUCCUUUUUGUUAUUUCAAAUAAAAAUGUUCAAUUUUAGUUGUCUUUAAUCGUGUCUCCUUGGGAAAUGAAGAGUUGGUCAGUCAAAAGUCAGGAAUGGCUGCUCACAUUGCUGUCUUGAAAUGGAGCUAUGUUCAUGUUUACAAUAUAAAUUGAAAGAUGACAUAAAAUGUGUUAUCACUAGAUUUUAAGGUACAAGUUAUGAGCUUAAUCCCUUACCAACUGAAUAGGUGCUUUCAACAGAGGACUCAUUGUAUGACAAACCAGUGAUUCUCAGCUCAGGUGCUAUUGGGGAUAUUUUUAUGUAAUGUGGCUUACCAAUUUGGUAUGGUUUACAGUUAUAUAUCUGAUUGCUAUUGUUUACAAUGGUAGUUUAAUAUUUUCUUAAAUGUAGUUAAUUCUGAGUGCAAUUUAAAGCUGUCAAUCAGGAGAGACUAUAAGAAUUAAAACGAUUUAUUGAAUACAUUUUUUUUGCUGUAAAACAUAGUACAAUGCUUUUAUACGUCCUUAUAUUUAUCAGAUGAGAUUUUUAAAUUAAAAUAUAUAUUUUGCAUACAUGUCCAAGGUUAUUACAUGUUGAUUCUAAAUUAAUCGGUUUAAGCAGAACCCAGAUCAUAGUCUUAUGGUUGACAAUAGGUCAAAUGGCUCCAAUGAUCACCUUAAUAUACAAUCAACAACAAAAAUAUUUACACGGGAAGAUAGCUUCACUGCUAAUUAAAGGGUUUGCAAAUCCAGUUAGGUUUUGCAAGUUGUUCUGGUCUUUACUGGACUGCAAGAUGAUCUCAACAAUGGGGGGACCACAGUGAUCUGUUGAAGGCGAUCCAUAAAAUAAA